GAUCCCUCUAUCAAUCAGUGUGACUCAUACUCAUCUCUUCCUGGAGAGUCUCUAUCCUCCACUCCUCCAGUACCCAGCAAUGACAUGAUGUCACCCUCAGGAACUAAACUGUACCUUGGGACUAAUAAGAAGAAGGAGAGGAGGACCUCACACUCUGGACUCUCACCACUCAGUGAUCAAGAUUUGGAUUAUAAUUAUCUUCCUUGGGGUGAUGGGAGGAGCAUCACUCUUCUGACCCCGCCCUCUGGGGAACCUUAUGUAGCCAUUGCUGAACUGGUUGCCAAAAUAUUUAGUCAAAGGAGUCAAGUCAGUUUACAAAAGAGGACAAGACUAGGAGUACCAACAGUACCAGCCACUUCAUUACAGAUUCAUGCACUGAGGGCUCGGGGAUCCAUUGACCCUUCAUCUGGCUAUUCCAAGUUAAUCCCAUUGAGUGGUGUCAUCAAAUUAGCCAAAGAAGCAGCCAUAUUCAUACCACCAACUGUAGGAGAGGAUUGUCACAAAUAUGUUGCUGAAGAGGAGAUACAGAGAUACCUCAUUAACUCACCAGUGAAGACACCUCCUCAGUCCUCCCCUCAUAGAAGAGGAGGGGGAGGGAGUGUUGUAGGGUCUCCAUUAAAGACACCUCUGUCAGUUAGACCUGAUGUUGCCUCUCAUCCUGAUGUGACACUAGCAGGAGCCAUGCUUAAUACCGUAUGGCUCCAAAUUUUCGUCAGUCAAAAAUUUCGUCAAAAUCUUAAUUUCUUGUUAAAAUUAAUUUUUGUCAAUAAAAUUUUUGUAAUUUUUGUUAUUAAUCCGCAUACUAUUCACAUGGAACGAAAAUUUCGUCGGUUAAAAAUUUUGUCAAGCAAAAAUACCUGACGAAUUUGACGAAAAUUUUGACCGAUGAAAAUUUGGAGCUAUAUGGUACUGGUUAGUAGUAUCAUGUAUAGCAACAGACUUUGCAAGCCAUAUACUGGUAGUGCAUGUACAAUUACCAACUACAUGUAUAAACUUAAAGGGGUCCACUGUGUUAUAUUACAUUUUCACUAGCAUGUUUAACUGAGCCAGCCAUAUUUAAAGUGGGGCAGCACAGUUUCAUUUGAUAGGGUAGACAAUUACCAAACUGAGCUGAAGUACAGCAUGGUUAGUACAGCAGGGCCAGCUCAGUCUGGUUUGGCUAGCUUACAUAAAUGUAGUGUAAGGCUACGUUUACACAGCAAUGAAAAGGAUGCAAUCAGUAUAGUUUUGUGCCUGUUUUAUGCUUUCAUUUGCACAGAAAAGAAUGAAAACUAUCAAAUCUUGAUAGAACUCUAUAGAAAUGAAAACGGUGUUCAAAGUGGAUACUUAAAAAACAAUGCUUUUUGUUUAAAGUAGCCUAAAUUGAUGUGUAUUUGUGUUCUUGUAUUAAUUGUGUGGUCACCAUUAAACAAACAGUUCACCUACAACUGCCAAAUUGCCAGGUCUAUGCAAAUACAUAGCUGUACUAUGUGCUUUUCUGAUACAUUUACAUGCUUUAAUGUUGUGUAGCAAGUUUGAGCUGAUUCCAAUCA